AUGCAGCUCAGUUGACAGCUUGUUCAAUGUCUGAAUCGUUAGAGAUGAUGUUUGGACUCUUUCCACCGAGCUCAAGGGUGACGUUUUUGAGGUUGCUCCUCGCAGCAGCCUCCAUGAUCUUGCGACCAAUAAGGGUUGAGCCAGUGAAGGCGACCUUCUCUAUCCUCAUAUGCGAAGAGAUGACAUUACCGACAGUGUUUCCGUAACCAGAGAUGACGUUGAGCACCCCGGGUGGGAAGCCAGCCUCGUUAAUAAGGUAGCACAUUCAGAUGGCAGUCAGGGAUGUGAACUGACGGUUUCAGAAUAAUGGUGUUACUGCAUGCGAGAGCAGGGCCAAGUUUCCAUGCCGUCAUGAGCACUUGCGAAGCAAAGAGUGAGGGCAUGACACUCGAAGCGACUGAUGUGUACGCACAUGAGAAAUUCCAUCACACUCAGCCAGGUUGGGGCGAGAGUUCCUUUCUGGCUUCUGACAGACAUGAGGAACUCUACGAUCAAGACGUAGCCAGGGAAAAGUCUAGUCAAGUCUCCCCUAUUCCGAAACUUGAGGGUAAGAUGGAGGAUGUAUCCACAGAUUGCAAGCGCCAAACUGUGGAGGGGAGAGAAGACUAUCAUGAUCAAAAGACGGAAAGCGAGGUCAAGCAAAAUCUCACAUCCUAUUCCCGUACUGUCAGGAUUAUCGAUGGAAACACGUCGAAGUCUGCCAUCUUAGACGAUGACAGGAGGAUAAAUGAGAGCGCCGACGGUGUCGCGUUGUCCUUAUCCUCCGUCAAUCUUGGGUCCAAAGUGUCUCCUUCCGAACCGGUGUAG